GCUUUACACCUCCCAGUCCCCCAGCUUUGCCCAGGAGACGCUGGUCGGUUGCAGGAUUUGGGGGGAAAACUGCUUCGGGCAUCUGGAACCCUGUUGCCUGCCUGGAAGCGUGAGACGGAAAGCUGCAGGAGAUUCCCCAUCCCAUUCCCCCGUGGACCAUGGAAGGCACCGCUGGAGAGCAUCCCUAACGAACUAAGCCGGCCUUUUUCUCUCCUUUGGCUUGGAAGGACUGGACUGGCAGGGGGAAAAAAGGACCCAUUUUUUAAAAAAGCACAUACAUCUAAUUUCUGCUCCUCUCUUGCAACCAUGCUUUGCGGUAGGAGGGAUUAAGAGGGUGCAAAGGAGACGAGCGGCCAGCCUGCCACGGAACCCUGCCUCCCGACAAAGAGAUGGAAAGCAAAGCCAUGUACCUGCACACCUUCGGGGAGAAGGAGAACGGAUCCAUCUUGGAGGAACCGUUUGAGGGGAAGAACCUCUCCAAACUGAAUCUCUGUGAUGACGGUCCGGGCAGAAGAAAGAAGUUGCCGGGCCUCUGUGGCCACCCGGGAUCCUUGGCGGCCCUUAAAUACGCCGUGGUCGGCCUCUAUUUGCUCGUUUUCCUGAUCCUUGUGGGUGUUUUCAUACUAGCAGUGUCCAGACCGCAGAGCUCUCCAGGAGACCUGAAAGCCCUGACGGGAAACGUCAACCAGUUAAACGAAAGCUUCCGGGAGCUUCAGCUGAAGAUGAUUCAGCAGCCCUUGAAAGGGGACUUCCUGGACCACCUCUGGCGCCUGCAGGAGCUCCUCCAGAACCACUCCGACACCCUCCUGGGGAUGAGCGCCUCUCUCCAGAGCUUGGAAGGCGCCUUGGGCCGCUUGCGGGCCCAGGCGGCUCAGACGGACCGGGUGGUCGUGGGGCUGCGGGACAGCCUGAACCAGCAAAGCGACCUGGCGCAGAUGGAGGCGUACAGGCUCUGGGUGGAAGGGAACAGCAGCCGGCUCCUGCUGAAGCACCACGAGAGCUUGUUGACAGAGCUGGCCUCCCAGGUGGGGAGCCUGGCCGACCAGCUGACCCAGGUGGGUGGGGAUGUGGGCAACAUGAACCGGACCCUGUCCUAUGACGUGGGCAUCCACCACACCCGCAUCCAGGACCUGCAGGUCCUGAUCAGCAACGCCACCGAGGACGCCCGGCAGAUGCGCCUGGUCCACAUCGCCAUGGAGCAGCAGCUCAAACAGGAGUUGGCCAUCCUCAACAACGUCACGGAAGACCUGAGGCUCAAGGACUGGGAGCACUCCGUCGCCUUGAGGGACAUCUCGGUGAUACAAGGGCCUCCAGGACCCAAAGGAGAACAAGGCAACGAAGGGAUGGAAGGCGAGCCCGGCCCUCCAGGAUUACCUGGACUACAAGGAUUCCCAGGAGAACGAGGACCCGUGGGCCCGCGGGGGCCGAAGGGAGACCAAGGAGACAUCGGCCCUCGAGGCAUACCUGGCCAACGUGGAAGCACAGGUGACCGAGGCCCAAAGGGAGAGAAAGGGGAGAAAGGAGACCCGGGUGGAGAAGCAGUUCCAAGCCCCGAGGUGGGGAUGAUCCGGCUGGUGAACGGCUCCGGCCCCCACGAAGGCAGGGUGGAAGUUCUCCACGACCGACUCUGGGGCACCGUUUGUGACGACGGCUGGGACAUGAAGGACGGGGACGUCGUGUGCCGGAUGCUGGGCUUCCGAGGGGUUGAAGAGGUCCAGCGGAUGGCUGCCUUCGGGCAAGGGAAAGGACGCAUCUGGAUGGACGACGUGGCCUGCAAAGGAACGGAGGAGAGCCUCUUCCAGUGCAGCUUCUCCAACUGGGGGAAAACCAACUGCGGGCACGCCGAGGAUGCGGGCGUGAAAUGCUUGGCGCAGUGAGCAGGCACCACCAAAGGACACACCGUGGAUCUGUGGGAACCUCAGGAACUGACCAACACACAUACACCUCCCGCCCCCGUGGACAUCUUCCGUUCUUCUCUGCUCCCGGAGGAAAUGGAGGGCACCUGGGCCUUUUCUGUUUCCCGGGGCUUGCAGUAGGGUGUACUGUAACGCUGCCAGCCCACGCCCCCCGCACCCCUAAUUUUAUCCCCUUCCCCAAAUAAUAGCACUCCUCUUUCCACGCGCACCCGAGCAAAGCUUAUGGAACGGCCAACCGCUUCCGCCUGCCGCUGUUCUCCGUAGAACGGCUUCUCCUGAUACUUUUUAUUUUUAAUCCGGGGAUGCAGAUUUUGCCAUGGCGAGCCACGUACAACGCCGCGGCCGCCCCAGUGCUGUCGCUCCACAGGGGGCACGAAAGCAGGUGCAACAGAGAGCAGCCGAGCAGCUGUGGAUUCCCUCACCUGCCUGCGGAGCAAGCUGCCAACAACAGUGGCUUUCUUAAGCAUAAAAUAAAAUUUAAAAAAAGCAUCCGCCACAUGCUAGAAUCACAUAGACUGGACCACCAAGGCGUCCGGUACUGCUGUUCUAAGUCCCUGCAGGGUGUGAAGGGGGGGGGAAUUGCCUUAAACACACACACACACACAGAGCGCUCCAGGAACAUUCAAGUGGUUGUCUGGUCGUCCCAACCUGAAAUUUGUCAAGUUCCGGGUGGUUGGAGAUUGGGCCGGUGAGGAGAACCUCACCGAAACUGUUCUCAGCAUCGGAAAACAGGGACAGGUAGCAGGAACACAGGUGGAAGCCAGGCUGGAAUAGAGGGCAUAGCAUGCAAGGGAGCAGGAUGCAGGAUCCGAACCUUUGGCAUACAGCAAACCAUGGGGGGGGGGCGGCCGCUCCCCACCUGCUGCAGGUAGAUCUCUCUGAGGCUUGGAGACAGCACUCCUGUUCCAGGGGAAAAGGGAAAGGCUGUGCUCACCUUGGUGGGCCCCAGGGCACGCAACACCUCACCUGAGCCAGGUGGGUGGUUUGGGGGGGGAUGAUAGACCGACAGGCAGGCAGGUGGGCUUAAACCUUUUUCUCCCCUCUUUUUCAAGUAACCACUUGUGGAUCUGUAUACGGCUACUCUCAGGCGUUACAUCCUUUCUCCUCCUUUGCUAGAGAGAGGUGGCGCAUCUUCUGGAUGACGACCCUUUCCCAGAAGCCAGCUUUAAGCCGGUUUAGGGCUCUUUCUGCUGCGCUACCCCUGAAAGGGUUUCUUGUAGGAAUAAACAUGCUUU